AGAGCGGAUGCUUCACGAUGGCGGCGACGCCAAAGAACUUGAAACUUUUCAUUGUAACUUAUUUACAUGUGGCGUUGUUUUCAACGAGCACGUUUAUCAACGCGACAGACGUGACAUGGGAUGAGAAUGGAUAUAUUCUCUAUUGUCCAUGCAUGGGUCGUUUUGGAAAUCAAGUGGAUCAUUUUCUCGGCUCUUUGGCUUUUGCCAAAAUGCUAAACCGAACACUGGCUGUCCCGCCUUGGAUUGUUUACCAACAUCAUUCACAUCCUUUUACAAACGUGCAUGUCCCUUAUAGUGAGUAUUUUCAGUUGGAGCCCCUGAAGAAAUACCACCGAGUGAUCAGUCUUGAGGACUUCAUGACGCAUCUGGCCCCCAAACAUUGGCCCCAGGGCCAGAGAGAUGCCUAUUGCUUUGAGUCUGCUGCUUACAGGAGCGCUGACAAGAAGACUUGUCCAAUGAAGGAUGGGAAUCCAUUCGGCCCCUUCUGGGACCAUAUUGAAGUGGACUUUGAUCGAUCCGAACUGUUUGGAGGUUUGUCAUUCAGCUCCUACUACCUACCCCACUGGAUAAAAAGGUUUCCUCCACUGGAGCAUCCGGUUAUGGCUCUUCCAGGAGCCCCAGCACAGUUCCCGGUACUGGAGGAGCAUAUAGGUCUGCAGGAGUAUGUGGUGUGGUCUGACAGAAUGGUACAGGAAGGAGAGUAUCAAAUCAACACCCUACUGACCAGACCUUUUGUGGGGAUCCAUUUGAGAAUUGGUUCUGACUGGGUAAAUGCAUGUAAGAUGUUACACACAGGGGACACUGGGCCUCACUUCAUGGCGUCUCCGCAGUGCGUUGGGUACGACCGUCAGACCGCUUUGGAGCUGACCAUGACCAUGUGUUUGCCGGAUCUGUCUGAAAUUCAGCGUGCAGUCAAACUUUGGGCAAAAAAGACCAAUGCUCAGUCAGUAUACAUAGCCACAGACUCAGAAUCGCACAGUGCAGAGAUUCAGGAACUCUUCAAGGGAAAGGUGAAAGUGGUCAGUUUGCGUCCAGACACUGCUCAAGUUGACCUGUACAUCCUCGGCCAGGCCGAUCACUUCAUUGGAAACUGUGUGUCCUCCUUCACAGCUUUUGUUAAAAGGGAGAGAGAUAUACAUGGGAGACCCUCAUCAUUCUUUGGAAUGGACUACCCAGGAAGGAAAAGAAAAGAGGAACUCUAACUUAAAUCAAGAGUUGAUACUGUGAAGAACAGGUGCAGAUGAUAUUUCGGGGUGUUUGAUUAGAAUUAGAAUUUGAAAAUUGGGUUUAGGAAGUUUUUGAAACCAAACCGGAUUUGAAGUGGGAAUAAAGUGGACUUCAUUGGACAAUGCAUAUCACUAUAAAACAAGUUAACAUUCACAACUUCCCAUGCUGGUUAAUGUCUGUUUUUGUCACACUCUGUCUUACUACAACCUUUUACUGUGACCCACCAAAUGUUUGUAAUGGUAUAUUGAUUGUGCAGUACAUUACCAGUAAGAUGUUUGUGUCAUUGACUUAUUUGCAUUUUAUGGUGAUAGUAAACUUAACUUCGUGAGGGUGGGUCAGAAUAAGUAACGGGUAUAUGGGAUUAUUUGCACUUUUAAGGUGAAGGUCAUUUAAGGCUCCCAGAGGCACCAGGCGAUGUGGCAGUCCUCAUAUUUCCGAAUAUUAAUAUGCCUGAGUGUAAAAUAAUGUUAAAUUCCUACAGUUUUAAUUAUGUACGAAAAUGAAUGUUGAAAAUAAUGUUGAAUGUCUUACAGACCUUCUGAUAUCUUGUAGCAAUGCAUCUGCGGUAGAUUCUUUCCAAAGUCGGUGUAAAAUGAAAAUUGCAGAACUGUUUUUUUAUACGUGUUUUAAGAUGCUUAAUGGUUCAUUCCUGAAAUUAGUUAUAUAUUUUCCAUGGGAAAAAAAAUAAAAUGGGCAGUAUUCUGACUGCACGCAUGAACUUUC